AUGAAAUCAAAACUCAAAGACUCAAACCUCCAACCACAAUCCAAUCAACGAGAUCAAGCUCUUCUCCUUCUUCAAUCCUCUCCUAGUGUUCUCAUUUUGAAACAAUUUCCAAACUCUCUUCUGAGUGAUCGUUCUUUCAUUCUUUCUGCCAUCCAGCACUUCCAAGCACAAACGCUUCAAUUUGCUUCUCCCGAUCUUCAAAAUGAUCCACAAGUAGUAUUGACAGCCGUUCAACGUGAUGGUUCUGUUCUGGAAUUUGCCUCCAAAGAAUUGAAAGGAAAUUUUCAAAUCGUGAUGGCAGCAGUGCAACAGUAUGGAGAAGCUCUUGAAUUUGCAUCUCCUGAUUUGAGAAAUCAUGAACAAGUUGUGUUGGAAGCAGUGAAACAAAAUAAGAAGGCGUUGAGAUUUGCUACCGAAGAGUGUCGUUCGAAAAUAUUGAAAAAACAAGAAAAACAACAAGCCAUGAUUCGAGAAGGUGAAGUUAGUGAUGGUUCUUCUUUGAAGGGUGGUGUGAAAAAGUUGACAAGUCGUGACAAGGAUAUGACAUGGCAGAAUCUAUUUCCAGAUCAAGAUUUUAUGAUUCAUUCCAACACAACGACUCAGAAUGUUCAAUUACUGAACCAUCCACAAGAAUCGAAAAACAGAGAUUUAAAACUCUCAUCUCGAAUGUUUCCCGAUUCUUUCGUUGGAAAUUCUCAUUCUAUGCCGAGUAUUCAAACUACUUCUAAACCCACCACCACAAUGGAUCAACAUUUACAAGGAACAUCUAUGCAAGAUCACUAUGUGAACUUUUUAAAAACAAAAUAUGAUAUCAAAUCAUUUAUAGCGAAAGGAGCAUUUGGAUAUGUCUAUCAUGUUGUGGAAAAAAAGAAGAAUCAAGAGCGAGCUCUUAAAAUAUUGAAGACCAGUGAUGAGGAAAGUAUUAAUGAGGCAUUUAAGGAAGCGAUGGUCAUGACUUCGAUUUCACAUUCUCAUAUUGUUAAAGUUUAUGAUGCAUUUCUUGUACUAUCAGGUGUGAAUACUAGUGUUGGUAUUGAGAUGGAAUUGAUGAAGGGAAGCUUGCAAUCAGAAUUUCUUAACAAGGAGGUGAGAUUGUCUGAAACCACGUUGCGACAACUGACAUUACAACUUUGUGAUGCAUUGACAUUUAUGAUCGAAAAGGAUAUCAUCUUACAUCGUGACAUCAAACCAGGAAACAUUCUUGUAAAACACUACUCCAUUCCUCAAGAAAUCAUUCAUGUCGCGCUGGCAGAUUUUGGUGUAUCCAUCUCUCUCCAAAACCAUUUAUCAACCACUGGUUCUCUUGUUGGUACCAGUUUAUUUCUAGCUCCUGAAAUAUUGGAAUGUCAAAGGUUUUCCGCAGCGAGUGACAUGUUUGCUCUCGGUGUGAGUUUGUAUCAACUCAUGACCUUGGAUACAGUGACAGGUCUGGCACAUGUAGUUCGUUCUGGAAUGGAUAUGAAACAACUUGUGACCACUCAAUUGCAAAAGCAGAAGGUUGAUUCUCAAUAUUCGAAUGACUGGAUUGAAUUGGUAGUGAGUAUGUUGGUGUUGGAUCCAAAACAACGAAUUUCUUCAAGAGAGGUCAAGAAAAAGCUUCUUGAAAUGAAAAGAAAACCAUUUGGAAAGAAUUCACACCCUAAAACAAAAUUCGUGAUGACGAGUCAAGCCAAUCUUGAAGAACAACAUGAUGAUGAUGAACAACAACAACAACAACAUCAGCAACUCCUCUCCUGCAUUCCUUCACCAUCAUCUAGUGGACUAUGGCAUCCAUUAACUACAAUGAACAACUGCAACAACAACACUCCUCACACUCUCUCAUCGAAUGCUCGAACGACUGACGUCACAUCAAGUUCUUCUGUCUCAGAACAACAACCACCACCAUCCAUUCCUAUCACGACUCCCAUCACUAAUACCAAUACUACUACUUGUCCUAUCACAACUGCCCAAGAAGAACAACAAUCGUCAUCCUUUUCCUCUUCCUCCCCUAUGGAAGAACAACAACAAUCGUCAUCCUUUUCCUCUUCCCCUUUGGAACCUCUUUAUUCACAUAAGAGUCAUCAAACCACGGUGAGAAUGUUCGGAUCUUUCUGUUAUUCCUCCUAUGUGAGUCUCUUUCUCUCCUUAUUCAUUGUGAGUGCAAGUUUGGCUCAAAGUUUAUGUGAAGCAUUGAUCUACAAUGAGCCUCAUUAUAGAAAUACUUUAGUUCCAAUCCUUCCUCGAGUAUUGAUCUAUAUUCCUCUUGGAUUGAGUCUCUUGUAUUAUUGGAUCAUGGUAUUUCGGUGUUCCACAUUCAAAUACUUGAGGAAUCAUCAAAAUGAAGAGAAUACUUAUGAAUAUAUUGAAAGAAUUCGACAAACGAAACCUCUGAUUACGAUGGAAAUUGAAUGUUAUCAUUAUGAGACGAUUACUGAAAAAUACACAGAUCAUGCAGGAAAUAAACAAACGAGAAUCAGAGAGGAGAAAGAUACGACGUAUCGAGAAGAACGAAAUUUUGAUUUCAUGUUUCAUAGAGAUGUUUCUCAACCUUUCAUACUUGGUGGUACCAAUAAGGAAUACAUCAAAGUGAAAAUGAAAAAUAUUAUUUUCAUGGAAAAUCAAGAAACCAAAACAGCUUUCGAUCAGGCAAGAAUGGAUCUUCAGAAUCGAGGAAGAGAUUCAAACAUGAAUUACUACGAGAAAUGGGAACUUCCAGGUUUCAAAAAGAAGUUAUUGGCAAAGGUUUGUCAUGAAUCUGGACAGCAGCAGAAUGAAACAACAAGUUUUUUCUUCUCAUUGCCUUGUUAUUUACUCAUGUCCUUGUUCAUGUUGAAUUUCUUGUAUCGAUUUAUUUUUGACCACAAGACAGACAUUCAGGAAUAUGAAGUGGUGAAAGAGAUUUCUGUUGUACCUUUUCCAGUUGCGAUGGAUACAGCAACCACCACCACCACCGCCACAGCCACUGCAACGAAAUUUGAUCCACAAUUCUACACAUACAAUCAAGAUCAGAUGUUGGAAUAUGUUCCACCUCAAGUCAUUCAAUCUUGA